UUAAAAAUCAAUUAAAAAUAAAAAAAUAAAUCUCGACGUCGUCGUCGCCGUCUCGCUCGCCGUCGACGAGUCAAGCGGGCGGCGGUGCCGGUACCGGCCGGGGUGCCCCGGCCGUGUCCCACCAUGCCCGACCUCACCAAACCCCCUUCCCCUCGCCCCCGCCGCCGCCGCUGCCGCCUCUGCGGCCUCUGCCUCGGCACCGCGUUCCUCGCCCUCGUCGUCUCCGCCCUCGUCCACCACUUCUUCCCGGCGCCCCCGCGCCACCCCGCCGCCCGAUCCCCGCGCUUCGCGGUCAUCAUCGACGGCGGGAGCACCGGCACCCGGGCCCACGUCUUCGCCACGGGGCCCGACGGGCGGCCGGAUCUGGCGCGGUCGGCCGUGAUGCGCGUCUCGCCCGGGCUCUCCUCGUUCGCCGCCGAGCCCGCGCGUGCGGGGGAUUCGCUGCGGCCGCUGAUGGAUUUCGCCAGGGACAAGGUCGGGGGCGCGGGGGCCGCCGCGGCGACGGAGGUGCGGCUCAUGGCCACCGCCGGGCUGCGGCUGCAGGAGGAGCGCGUCCGGGAGGCCAUCUUGUCGUCUUGCAGGGACGUGCUCAGGGCUUCUGGCUUCCGGUUCGAGGACUCAUGGGCCGAGGUGAUACCAGGAUCUGAUGAGGGCAUCUAUGCUUGGAUUGCGGCAAACUAUGCUCUUGGCACGCUUGGAGGGAAUCCACACAAAACCAUCGGAAUAAUUGAACUUGGGGGCGCCUCAGCACAGCUGACAUUUGUUUCUGAUGAAGUACUUCCUCCAGAACUGUCAAGAAAUUUUACUUUUGGUGAAACAACAUAUACUCUUUAUAGCAACAGCUUUCUAAACUUUGGUCAAAAUGCAGCACAAGAAUCCUUUCGUGAAAUACUGAGGUCAAAAGACUCCUCGAAAAAUGGUACACUUGUAGAUCCAUGUGCUCCCAAAGGAUAUUCUCGCAUCAAAGAAGUAAUAUCAAGAUCAAACAGUCUUUCAAAAUCUAAAUUAGAGAAUCAGUUUGCUGAUAGUGGGGACGGAGACUUUACAGGGUGCAGAUCUUCUUCUUUGAUGCUGCUGAAAAAAGGAAAUGAAGAGUGCCGGUAUCAACGAUGCCAACUUGGACCAACUUUUGUACCAGAGCUCCGUGGACAUUUCUUAGCAACUGAAAAUUUCUAUUUUACAUCAAUGUUCUUUGGACUGAAGCAAUCUUCAUCACUGUCGGAUUUUGUGCUUGCUGGAGAGCAAUUAUGCAGCAAGGACAUGUCUACUCUUAGACAAAAAUAUCCUAAUCAGUCAGAUGAUGAUUUUUCACGAUAUUGCUUCUCGUCAGCAUAUAUUGUAGCUCUGCUGCACGACAGUCUUGGUGUACCGCUGGAUGACAAGAGGAUUGAGUAUUCAAAUCAGGUUGGAGACACUCAGGUUGAAUGGGCCCUGGGGGCUUUCAUUUCAAACAUAAAAGACACAAUUUUAGAGUCACCAGGCACAGGUAGAUCAGCCCGUAAAAGUAGAUCAUUGCUUGCUGUACUGCUGGGGGUGUUUCUUUUAGGUGGAGCACUUUGGUUGGCAAGAUGGAGGAAGCCCAAGACGAAGAUCAUAUACGACUUAGAGAAAGGCCGAUACAUAAUCACACGCGUCAGCUGAUGCUGACCUCUGUGCAGAGGAAAUCAUAUAUACACAACUGGAAUAGAUUGGUAUUCUGUGUACCAUAAUGUACAAGUUCAAUUCUUUGUAUUCUUGCUCCUUGUUAAGAGCUGGGUGGGAGCCGUAGAGGAGCCAUGAAGGAUAGCUACGUGUAUGUACAGAAGCACCUGUAGAACAUUUUCUCAUGUAUUUAUUCUAUUUAUUUGUUGAUGGAAUAACCAUAGUUUGGUUCAUGU